AUGGCUCCAACAUUGGUAAGUAAAGUCCAGUCCUAAUGUUGAUUGUGUCCACUGUAUCUAUGUAGUCUACCUGUUUGUUUUGGAAAUAUUUAAAUAUUGUUUGUAAAAGGCUGAGUUUGCAUGAGUUAUGACUGAAUAACUUUUGAUAGUUUUGUUCCCUGAUCUGAGCACAUUCCCUUUCAGAACUGCAUAUGUGGCAGUUGCAUACUUCAACAAGAGGGUGUCUAGCAACACCCCUGUAUUUGUAACCAUGGCAAUACACACAUUGCUAAAUCAUAGUUAAUGGUUGUAUUAUUUUUUCCUUUGACAGUACGAUGAGAAGCCGGAGCCAGGGGAUCUGAUAGAGAUAUUCAGAGGGACAUACCAGCACUGGGCGUUGUACGUUGGUGACGGUUUUGUCAUUCACCUGGCCCCACCCUGUGAGUAAUAAUCUUGAUAUAGUGCACUCAACAAUUGAUAUACAGUGGCCUAUAUAGAGUACAUACAAUAUGAGUUAUAAAAAACUCAAUUUUGGCACUGAUGAUGUCUUGUCUGUCCACCCCCUCCCAUGUCUCUUUGCUCCCCAGCCGAGGCACCAGGGGCCAGGGCCAACAGCAUGAUGUCUGUGCUCAGUGACAAGGCUAAGGUGAAGAAGGAAGAGAUCUGGGACGUGGUGGGGCAUGAUGAGUGGCGUGUCAACAACCAGCUGGAUCAGAAGUACAAGGUCAGUACCAGUAAGUACAGUAUGGCUGCGUUCCAAAUGACACCCCAUGGGGCUCUGGUCAAAAGUAGUGAACUAUAUAGAGAAUAAGGUGCAUUUGGGACGCAGUCUGUGUGAUCCUGUGUGGCUCAAUUGAUAGAGCAUGGUGCUUGCAAUGCCAGGAUAGUGUUUUCGAUUCCCGCUGGGGCCACCCUAAUAAAAAUGUAUGCAUGCAAGUUCGCUUAGGAUAAAAGCGUCUGCUAAAUGGCAUGUAUUAUAUUAUUAUUAUUAUUAUUAUUAUUAUUAUUAUUAUUAUAGGUCAGACCCAUCCGUGAGAUUCUGAGGGAUGCCACGGCUUAUGUGGACCAGGAGCUGUCCUACUGUGUCAUCAAGGGGAACUGUGAGCACUUUGUCACAGAUCUGAGAUAUGGGAAGGCUGAGUCUCGACAGGUAGGUACAGUGGACUGGUGCUCAAUGCUAGUUGUACUGUGCUCAGCGUAGAGUAAUCUUGUGAGCCAUAACAUUCUCAACCUAUGAAUGUGUGUCAAGAGAGACACACGUGAGUGUAGAGUAACUGGUGUACUUGUUGUUAUACAUUCAAUGCAUCUAUGCUGUGAUACUGUUUCUGAAUCAGUCAUUCAUUCGAGUCAUUCAAAUUAAUGUUUGUAUUUUUCUGCCCAGGUUCGGCAGGCUGUGGGAAUGGCAAUGGUGGGCUUCGGAGCAAUUGCUUUGGUAGGUUUCGCGGCGGCCAUCUUUGGCGGUGGAAGCAAAAAGAAGAAUGAAGAAGAAAAGGAAGAAUAUAUGUGA